AUGUGCCCUCCUUAUCGCGGGACGACGCGCUGUUUCGAACCCCUGGGGUCGAAGCUUGGUGGUUUGGCUCUGCAGCUCAAAUUUUCGAGCCCGAAGAAAAGCAUCAGCAGUGAUUGCUAUGCUUUCGGUGGCACAAGAGGCUAUGAUGGAAUGCUUUUGGUUUUGAUCGCCCUAGAGCACGACACUAUUUGGAUGGACCCCGGUAGCGAGGUUUCACAGACAGGCCUAUGGAUCACGCUUGGUUCCCAAGGAGACCAGGCAUGGUGCGAGGGGCAGGUAGGGCCUGCGCUGAAGGAAUUUCCUUCAACGCAAACCCUACGUGCCCAUAAGGACAGCAUUCCACACAUCUCGUUACGGGAUGCACUUCUUCAAUGCAGCAGCAGAAACCAUAUGGUGGAAGAACACUCUCACACUCAACUUGUGACGGUGGUUGAAUCAGUGGGUUUGCGGCUUGAUCGACCGUUCAAUUUGACUUGUGCUGUGGACUCCACGCUCAGCUGUGAUGGUCGCCAGUGGCGCUUCAGGAGAAGGCAGUGCAUCGAUCGAGAGCUGGAAAAUAUAUUGGUGCAAACCUAA